AUGGAAGAGUUUUUAUCAACGAUCGGACUAGAUCCGCUUAUUAAUCUGUUCGCCAAGGAACAAAUUACACUGGAUGUAUUGUCAAGUAUGACACAUGAUGAUCUAAAAGCUAUUGGUAUUGAUGCAUUUGGUGUACGAUUCCGCUUACUCAAAAAUAUCGAAAAUGCAUCGAUGGUAUCGCAGGGUACGGUACUGGUUCAGAUUGAAAAUUCACAUGAACAAUUUCGACAAAUCGAGGAAGCACUGAAUUCAUCGAUUGUACCGCAUCGUGAUGCCAAUGUUGGUGGAACAUAUACCCGAUUUGAAGUGGUCGAAAUACAAAACAUUAUUAAUAGAAAAGUUUAUGAAAGGUAUAUACGACGUCGUGAGGACAUUGCGGAAGAGAAUUGUGGUGAACACAACGAAAAGCUUCUUUAUCACGGCUCGCCAUUUAUACAUUCCAUUGUGCAAAAGGGUUUUGAUGAAAGAUAUUCAUAUAUGGGUGGAAUGUUUGGUGCUGGCAUUUAUUUUGCUGAACAUUCAAGCAAAAGCAACCAAUAUGUGUUCGGAAUGGCGGGCAGUGGCUGUAGUCUUCAUCACGAUCGUUCCUGUUACAUCUGUGUUCGGCAUCUACUGCUAUGUCGUGUUACACUGGGAAGAUGUUUUGUUCAGGUGAGGUGA